ACCCCCUCUAAAAAAAUCUUCCCUCUUUCGGAUAACUGUGCGAAAUGGCCAUUCUGACCUGGACACCAUCUCCCACGGCGGUGCCCAUGGCGGUUUUCGCUUCAUGGGACAUCAAGCAAAGGCCCUCUUACAACCCCAACGCACCGCCAAAGCUGAAACCCAUCCCUGACCUUAAAGUUCAACCGUCACCGCCCAUUACCCUCCCGACCCGAACAGACCCAUCGGUUUUCGAUAUCCUCAAGCAGCGUCCCACUCAAGAAUUAGCGCCCGUAAAGGUAGAUUCGGAUGAGACUUAUUUGGGAUAUGAACGAUGGUUACCCUCCCCGCCGAAAGUGGAGAAGCCUCGAUCGGUUUUCAAUGCGGCGACUUUAGCUUAUAUCGGCGAUUGCAUUUACGAGCUAUAUGCGCGUAGACAUUUUUUGUACCCUCCGCUAAGUAUUGAGGAUUAUAAUGAUCGUGUGACAUCGGUUGUACGCUGCGAGGCACAAGAUGCAUUGCUACUGGACCUUCUUAAUGAUAGUUUCUUAUCAAGCACCGAAAGGGAUGUCCUUCGAUGGGGAAAGAAUAUUAAUUCUGCUAAAACAAAGACCAAAAAGCGUGCUGGUGCAGCAGUUUAUAAUAGAGCAUCUUCACUAGAAACACUGAUCGGAUAUCUCUACCUUACAAAUGUGAACCGUUUGGAAAAACUCAUGCUAAGGCUUGGAUUCUCCACUGGUGCAUCUGCAGAAAUGAUAUUGAAGGAAAUGAACGUUGCAAAACCAGUGGAGUAGAUAAAGAUGGUGCCGAACACUUUGUUUGCUACAACCUGGCUCGAAUAUAUAUAUGACGAGAGAGAGAGAGAGAGAGUGGCCACAUC